GUGAAAACUUGAUCAAGAUUUGUUGGAACUUGUCUAUUGGAGCAGGUCACACCCACGCACUGAGACUUCUUCGAUUGCUGGCAUCGUUUUCCAGCAUGUUCUAUUAUGCGAAAAAGAACGGGCAUGAUGUAUCUGCGACCAGCUCUACUUUAUCAAUGGAGGAAAUCUUGUUUCUGUGGCUGAAAAGUCUGGGCCAGGCUCUAAUCCUGGUUCAAUCUGCUUUCCAUGCUGGAGAUAUGCCGAACAUCGAUGAAAUAAGCGGUGGAAUCAUUAAAGAGGUCUUCAAAGUUCACCAACUGAUACAAACAACUCAGUAUAUGAAUGCGCAGUUGGCUAUAGACGAAAGAGAAAUGGCCAAUUGUAGUCCUAAAAGUGGAAAUGUUUCAAUCAAUGAUUUGUUUGCUGGAAGUCAGUGUUCUAUGGUUAAGGAAUCUGAAGUUGAGUCUACUGAAAAACAAAAGCAGUCAGUGAAAUGCGGACAGCAGGAUCUGGCCGAUAUCACUUCAUUUGCGAUUGUUGCUAGAAUCGACAUUUUGCUCGCUUUAAAACAUGACUCACAGAUGAUUGUCCAAACGGUAGAAGACAUGGCAGAGCUUUAUGCGAAGGCUUCUAGCGGAGAUUGUCUUUCUCUUCUGAUGACAGUAGCAUCCUCUGCUAAAAAUAAAGAUGCGAAAGAAGUUGAGUUACAUUGUCGUGAAAUGCUGCUGAAGAAUUUUAAAAGGCAGUUGAAGUUCCAAGGCGCCUCAGCAUCAUCUGACUGUAAAACACUGAACUCCGGGUCUACCAGUAAUCUUCAGAUUGCAGAAAAGACUAAUGAAAAGUGUCUUACUCCGGACAAGCUUCUGUACUGUGUGAUUCGAUAUAUAAAGUUGAAUCAAGAACUGAAGCGGCUUUUGAAGGAAGAAAGUGUGUCAGAUGUUGAAGUCAUGGAUCUAGUCAUGAGCUCAAUAGAGGGAAUAAUGCAGGAGAUUGUCCAAGGUAACACCUUGACAGCUACUGGAAUUAGCAAAGAAGUUCAACAGUGCAACUCAAAGCUGCAAUGGCUGAUGGUGCAGCUUUGGAACAACGGAUUGGGCCAGGCAGACCAGGGUAAGAAAAUGGAGGCAGUGAAGAUGUGCAACCUGGCUCUCUCAGUGGCCUCCAGGUUGUCCAAGUGGCCGGGCAUGCUGGCAUACCAGAAGAAGAUGAGGCACUACUUCACAAGUGCCCUCGCUUCUUCUUCCCUCUCCUCUCCCACUCCAAAGACUUUAUUCGCUGACUGACA